CUGGUAAACAAAAACAGAGUACGGCAGCAGAGAGAACCCCGAAAAUCAGCUUUUCAUAGUAAUUUGAAGGAAAGAUGGACCAGUGGAUCAGGUUAAAUGCAAGCACAGCCGGGAAGGACAAGAUUUUCAGAUUACUUCAGUACUUGAGUCGACUCGUCUGGCACAAUCUAGAAAGCAGGAAGAAUCUACGGGAUGCUGUGGCUCGACUAAAGAUCAUAGAGAAUGCCUUCUCGACCUUUAGGAAAUUAUUGCGUCUGGGAAAAAGCAUAGAGGUCCUUCAUGGUGCCCUGCGUACAUUGCAUCUCCCAGAUGUCGUUCUACGUGUUACACUAACAUUAUCAAGAAUAUACCAGUCCUUCUUCCUUCUGGUGGACCACAUUAUCUGGAUUGGCCGUGUGGGCUUGUUUGACAUCAACAAGGAGAAAUGGUCUAGUUAUUCAAAUAGGUUCUGGUUAGGUGCAAUUAUUCUCAAUAUGAUUAGGGAUGUUUAUGAGAUUUUGACCAUCAUGAAGAAGCGGCUGAAGUGCGAGGACCUUCAGCCGUGUGUCUAUAAGAACAUCCCUGUUAUCAAGACCUUCUAUGAGUGUGUCCCAGCUACAAGACCUAUUGUGCAGUUUGCUGAGGAACACCGUGAUGUGUUCUGGGACAGUAUCAAGAACCUGUGUGACAUAUGGAUUCCACUGACUAGCCUAGGCCACACCAAGUUCUCGCCAGGCACUGUGGGGCUCCUUGGAAGCAUCUCAUCAUUUGCAGGACUCAUUGCUGUCUUAGAUCCCCUGGCCAAGCUCACCCCUACAUAAUUUAUAGUGCACCAGUGUAGAGCGGUCACAGGUAAGGUGUUUGGUGUGACUUUUAUUCCUGGCUGAUGAAGGUUCUUUGUAACUGCUGGAAUGAAUUUGGUUAGUGAGAGAUGCUUUACGUUUUUGUACAUUGAUGUAGUAGAUAGUUUUUAUAUUGAUUUUAUAUGUAUAUUUUGUAUGUGCAAAUUUUAUUUCAGGAUUCUCAGGUAAUCUUUUUCUGUUGACUGUUUUUCUUUUUUGAGAAUGGGGUUUUGCCAUCCUCCUCUUAAACAGGAAUAUAUAAUUGAAUGUUAUAUAUUGUAUUUAAAAUUAAUUUAUCAAAUUUCCAUUAUAGUUUAAGGAAUUGGUGACAUUAUCAGAUUUGACCAUAAAAUUUGUAGUCAUGUAAAAAUUUCAGCCUGAAAACUCAAGGACAGAGUCUGCAAUUACAGUUAGGACAAUUAUCAAUACAGUCUCAAAAGUUGUGUGUAUUCCUUUUGUGUGUACCCUACUCAUUUUGAAUCAUCAUUUAUUACACUGAAGUAGGAAAUGAUGUUCUAGUUUAAGGUAUUAGUAUUAUUACUCUACUUGGAUAGUCUGGAUAACCUUUGAUAUAUAGAAUAGUUAUGUAAGUAGAGACUGUCCUACUUCUAGGGAUAUUGUGAAUAGGAAAAGUGGCUUAAAUAUAAUAAAAAUAUAUUACUGUUCUCUGAAUAGGCAACUGCAUCAUGAAAUGAAGCAGAUAGAUUAAGUCUAUAUUAAUGUGUAUUCCUUUGAUAUGUAGCAGUGAAUGAAAUACCUAGCAUGUUUUGAUUUUUGUUUUUCAUUACUCAGAGUUCUGAUGUUAUUAAAUUUUAGAUAUGGUUUUCAGUUAGUAGCUCAUGAUGAAAGCUUAUUUGAGGAAAAGGAAAAAGUUCUAUGGAAAUGGCAUUGUGUAUAUAUGUUCAUGGAAAUCUUAUUUGAAGAUAUUGGUUAAGCAUUGCCAAGAAUAUUACAUAUAAAUGCAAAUGGAAAAGUACUUUGAGUCUUAGUCUAUAGAAGGAAUUUUGUGCCAAGCUAAGAAUUUGUUCAUCUGAAGGCAUUUGAAUAAUCAUAAAAAUAAAAGCUCAGUUGAAGACA